GACACACAGAGUUUUACCUGGAAUAUUUCAAACGCUUCCAAUUUGUGGUGUGUGACGUGGGGUCAGGUCCGAGCCAAGGGGUUUCCAUGACGAUGAGCGAGCACCCUGGUUGGUGGACGGUACCACUGCAGGAGUUCUGUGUGUAGAAGGAGAGGAAGGGCAUGUCUUUAGCUAACUAGAGGCAGGAAUAACCUAGCAACAGGAAACCAAGAGGAAGAACUUCCUGCGAUGUCAGUGAAGGUGACCCCUGUGACCCCUGCUGGCCCGCCCACCCCCGGCCCUGCUCUCCGCCACUCAUCGUUCUGCAAGAUAUGGAGGGGGAGACAGAGGAGAGGGGCGAGGUGCACAGGUGUUUAAGGAGCUCCGGUGUGCAGGUUCCAUUCAACAUGAACAACAGCAACAGCAACGAGGAAGAGGAACAGAAGAAGAAGACAAGUAAAAAGGAGAGGAAAGAGAAAAAGGAGAGGAAAGAGAAAAAGGAGAAAGAAAAGCAGGAGAAAAGGGAGAGAAAGGAACAGAAGAAGAAGGAGAAAGAGGAGAAGGAGUUGAAGGAGAAAGAGGAGAAGGAGAAGAAGGAGAAAGAGGAGAAGGCCAAAGCUGAAGCGCCUAAAGAGAUCACGGUGAUAGACCCAGCAGGUAACAUGUAUUAUAACUGGCUCCUUGUCAUCACCAUUCCUGUAAUGUACAACUGGACCCUCAUCAUAGCCAGGGCCAGUUUUGAGGAGCUCCAGACAGACUUUCUGAUCUACUGGUUCAUCAUAGACUGUGUCUCUGAUGUGGUCUACCUGGCGGAUAUGGUGUUCAGGACCAGGACAGGUUACCUGGAACAGGGUCUGUUGGUGAAGGAUCAGAAGAAGCUGAUAGAUCGCUAUAUAAACAGUCUCCAGUACAAACUAGACCUGAUCUCCAUGAUCCCUACUGACAUCUUCUAUGUGUACUUCGGACUCAACUACCCCGAGAUACGACUCAACAAGCUGUUCAGAAUCAACAGGAUGUUGGAGUUCUUUCAGAGGACAGAGACUAGGACCAACUUCCCCAACGUUCUGCAUAUCUCCAUCCCUCCCUUGUUCCCUCUCUCUCUCUACCUCCAUCGAUCCAUUCAUCCCUCGAUCUCUCUCUAUGUUAUCACCAGGAUGUUGGAGUUCUUUCAGAGGACAGAGACUAGGACCAACUUCCCCAACGUUCUGCGUAUCUCCAUCCCUCCCUUGUUCCCUCUCUCUCUCUACCUCCAUCGAUCUAUUCAUCCCUCGAUCUCUCUCUAUGUUAUCACCAGGAUGUUGGAGUUCUUUCAGAGGACAGAGACUAGGACCAACUUCCCCAACGUUCUGCGUAUCUCCAACCUCGUCAUGUACAUCGUCAUCAUCAUACACUGGAACGCUUGUCUUUACUACUCUUUCUCCAAGGCAAUUGGUUUCGGAGCUAAUAAGUUUGUGUACCCCGACACGACGGACCCUGAGUUUGGCCGUUUGGUCCGGAAAUAUGCCUACAGCAUGUACUGGUCGACCCUGACACUCACAACUAUCGGAGAGACUCCUCCCCCUGUACAGAACUCUGAGUACUUCUUCGUCGUCACAGACUUCCUGGUUGGCGUGUUGAUCUUUGCUACCAUCGUCGGUAACGUCGGUUCCAUGAUCACCAACAUGAACGCUGCCAGGGCAAACUUCCAGGCCAGGAUAGAUGCCAUCAAACAGUACAUGACUUUCAGAAAGGUCACCAAGGACCUCGAGAAGAGGGUGAUCAAGUGGUUUGACUACCUGUGGACCAAUAAGAAGGCAGUAGAUGAGAGGGAGGUGCUAAAGUUCCUUCCUGAUAAACUCAGGGCUGAGAUCGCUAUCAACGUACACCUGGACACACUGAAGAAGGUGCGUAUCUUUGCUGACUGUGAGGCUGGUCUCCUGGUAGAGUUGGUAUUGAAGCUUCAGCCUCAGGUCUACAGUCCGGGUGAUUACAUCUGUAAGAAGGGAGACAUCGGACGAGAGAUGUACAUCAUCAAGGAAGGGAAGCUGGCCGUUGUCGCCGACGACGGGAUCAAACAGUUCGUUGUCCUUAGCGAUGGGAGCUACUUCGGGGAGAUCAGUAUUCUGUCCAUAAAGGGUUCCAGGGCUGGAAACAGGAGGACUGCUAACAUCAGGAGUGUUGGGUACUCUGACCUGUUCUGCCUCUCUAAAGACGACCUCAUGGAGGCCCUGUCGGAGUAUCCUGAUGCUAAAGCCAUGUUGGAGGAGAAGGGACGGCAGAUCCUGAUGAAGGACAACCUGCUGGACCUGGAGGUGGCGGCGCAGGGCCCGGACCCCAAGGACAUGGAAGAGAAGGUGGAGAGGAUGACAGCAACGCUGGAGUCCCUCCAGACGCGAUACGCCCGGCUCCUCGCCGAACACGAGGCGGGCCAGAGCAGACUGAAACGCAGAGUCACCCGGCUGGAGAAGAAAGUGGUGGCUCCGGUCCAGGAGGUCGAGGAGCUAGGGGUGGAGAUGGGUACCGUGGCAACCACAGAGUAGAAGAAAUAGUCCCGCUGUUCUGUGUUCAUUAUGUUUUUGAGGAAGGUCUUACCUACCUACUAUAGUGGACUGACUGGAAGUCGCUCUGGGUAAAGAGUGUUGGCUAAAUUAUCAUAAUGUAACGAUGUCUGAACAACAACAGCAUGUGUCAAUGGGCAUCCGGGUGGUAGAGGAAUUACACCAAGAGUUGACUGACCUCUCACUAUCUUGAGUGGGUUGUUCCACAGGUGACCAAAAGAACCAU